CUCGCCCGCAUCCGCGCAGCCUCUGCCAGCAUGCAUCUCAAGCAGGACUUCAUCGCCGCUGCCGGCGAGUUCGUCGGCACGACGCUCUUCCUCUUCCUCGCCCUCGGAGGCGCAAAGACUGCAAACUUCAGUGCCAGUGCCGCUCAGACGGACGGCCUGACGGUCACCAUCAACAGCCAGACCAUCAUCUUCAUCGCGACGUCCUUCGGCCUGUCUCUCCUCGUCACGGCGUGGAUGUUCUACCGAAUCACGGGCGGCUUGUUCAACCCAGCAAUUACUCUGGCUCUUUGGAUUGUCGGCGCAUGCGGAUGGCUCCGCGCUAUCAUGCUUGUGAUUGCCCAGCUCCUCGGAGGCAUGGCCGGCGCCGGCCUGGUGCAGGCGCUCACGCCGCGAGGCGGCGUCGCCGACACGGCCACGACGCUGCAGCCGGGCGUCUCUAUUGUGCAAGGCCUGUUCAUUGAGGCUAUCCUCACAGGCAUCCUGAUCUUCUGCGUGCUCAUGCUGGCGGCCGAGAAGCAUGCUGCGACCUUCAUGGCACCUCUCGUGAUCGGCCUGACGCUCUUUGCUUGCCAUCUGCUUGGAAUUCUGUGGACUGGCUGCGGCAUCAACCCGGCGCGAUCGCUCGGCCCUGCCGUUGUUGCAGCUCAGUUCCCUUCUUACUUCUGGAUAUACUGGAUCGGCCCUUUGAUCGGCUCGCUCGGCGCAACUUUUUUGUACGGGGUGCUCAAGGGUCUCGACUACACCACUAUUGUUAUGGGGCAGGACGCAAAUACCGCUGAUACCAGCGCAAAGGACCCGAACCGCACGCGCGAGAAGGUCAAGGCCAAGGCGCGCAAGUACAUGGUGAUCCACAAGCACAAGCACGACGGCACCGGCGAGCCGAAGGGCCUCGACGGCAUGACGGCGCACGAGCUGGAGCCGACGAACGAGCUGCAGCGCGAGGCGAUCCGCAUGGGCGACGCCGUCAUCAUCGAGAUGGAGCCGCCGGCGCCGGGCCUCGAGCGCGCCGACUCGGCUGGCACGCUGCUCAGCGCCGACGGCGCCGCAGCGCCGGCGCCUGCUCCCACGCGUAUCGCCGUGCGCCCCAUGCCCGUCUCGCGCUUCUCGAUGAACCCGAAUGCGCAGGAGCACGGCGCCAUCGGUGCUCCCGGCUCCGUGUCUAUCGGUGUCCAGCUCAUCGACAACGCUCGUUCAGCGCUCGGCCGCUAA